AGUGAACCCUUCACACCGAAUCUUGACAAUAGUCUCUCCUACUCUUCAGCUCCAAUUCCACUCGCAAAUUUUACACCGAUGAACAGACACCGGUAACAUUGCCCAUCUGCUGUUUUCCAGCACUUUAGUACGCAUCAUCCCCUUUCGAAUCGAAUAGCCUCGGUUUACUUGACCUUUGGAACAAGAUGUCGACAAUUGAAGGAGCCAAGGUAUGUUCUCGCCACAAUACCAUAUACAUGGCAUAUACUGAUUGUAACAUCCGUAGAAAGCACUCGAAAGCAUAAUCCUCAACCCCAAAUACGCAGACUACCUCGCCGUCGUAAAAGCCGCCCGCAAUGGUGCGGUCUACGGGGCGAAAGUCCGCUUUCCACAUGCGCUUGUGUAUAUCUUCCCCUUACCCCCUCCUAUUCCAUAUCACUAACACUUUUGUAGCAUGAUUUUCCUCUUUCGCUCAGGUACCGUCAAAGAAAAAGCCGCUCUUAUAUUAAAGGCUACGCGCACGCAUGCCCAGAACCUGGCCAAGUACGCGACGGUGUAUAAAUUGACGAUGUUGGCAUUGAAACAUAUGGGCUCGGAGCCGGGGAAGGAAGGGCCUUUUGAUACUUUUUUUGCGGGACUGCUGGGGGGUUAUCUGAUUUUUGGACGGAGGAGUAAGAAAGGGCAUGUUAGUAGUGUUAGUAAACAGAUUGUGAUUUUUGGUAUGUUCCCGUUUCCUUGUCCCUCCAAUACACCAUAUUCCAUAUCCGUAUCUAAACCUCACCCUAUUCUCCCCUCCUCCCCCUCCAAAGAAGAAAACAUGGCUAACUUGUUUGUAAUUAUUCAGUGUUCGCAAGAGUCUGCCUCUCGCUCGCAAAACUCUCCGUCGAUCCCCGCGCGAAGAUAAUCAAAGACCCCCAUUUAUCAAAGCGAAUCUCCCACGACGCAUGGCCCGUCUUCGCGGCGAUGAGUUGGGGUAUGGUCAUGUGGCUGUUCAGAUGGUAUCCCGAUACGGUGCAGAGUGGGCUGAGGAGUAGUAUGGAUUAUAUCUAUGUGCAGAGUGAUACGUGGGAUUCGUUGAGGAAUUUUAUUGUGCAUAAUAAAUAG